CAGUGGAGCAUCCUGAGGGAGAGACAAGAGGCAAUACAUACCAGUCAAGGAAACCUAGCAUCACGACCUUGACAUCAUGACUCCUACAGUCCAGGACCCUGAACCUAAGAGCAUUUGGAAUAGAAAGGCUUCCAGGAUUGCCAUGUGACCCCAUGUUCAUCCUUGGGUGUGCUCCUUGCAAUGUAAUCUGCUCUUUCAUUUUCCAGAAAUGUUUUGAAUAUGAAGACCAGAAAUUUCUAUAUUUAAUGAAACUUUUAGUUGAAAACAUCAAGAUCGCAAGUUCCCCAUGGAUUCAGGUCUACAAUUCUUUUCCAUCUCUAGUACGUUAUCUCCCUGGAUCUCAUCACAAAGCAGUUAAAAAUGUUCAUUUACAACAUGAAUUUAUUUUGGAAGAAGUGAGGGAACACCAAAGGACACUGGACCCCAGCAAUCCUCGGGACUUCAUUGACUGUUUCCUGACGAAAAUGCAGCAGGAAGAGCAACAACCACAGUCUGAAUUUACCAUUGAAAACUUGGUCCACACAGUAGCUGAUCUACUUGCAGCAGGAACAGAGACAACCAGCACCACCCUGAGAUAUGGACUCCUGAUUCUCCUGAAACAUCCUGAGGUGACAAGAAAACUUCAUGAAGAAAUUGAUUGUGUGAUUGGCCGAGAUAGAAGUCCCUGCAUGGAGGACAGAAACAAGAUGCCUUACACCAAUGCUGUGGUACACGAGAUACAGCGGUACAUUGACCUUGUUCCAACCAACCUGCCCCAUGCAGUGUCAGAAAAUGUUCAAUUUAGACAAUAUCUUAUCCCCAAGGGUACCACCAUAGUACCAGUAUUGUCUUUUGUUCUGUAUGAUGAUGAAGAGUUCCCCAAUCCAGACCAGUUUGACCCAGGUCACUUCCUAGAUGAAAGUGGCAACUUCAAGAAGAGCGACUAUUUCAUGCCUUUUUCAGCAGGAAAACGGAUAUGUGCUGGUGAGGGCCUGGCUCGAAUGGAAUUAUUUCUAUUUUUUACUUCCAUCUUACAGAAUUUUAUCUUGAAAUCUCCCAUUGACCCAAAAGAUAUCGACACCACCCCAAUUGCCAGUGGGUUUGCCAAACUGCUCCCCUCCUAUGAGCUCUGAUUUCUACCUUCCUAA